AUGAAGGAUGGCGACCGAGGUUACCUGGAAGGCCUCGCGUCUAGAUAUGCGGAUCUCUUUUCAACACACUAUGGAGAUGUUUUAGACCAUCUAGAGGAGUUAAGGAGACAUGAAUGGGAUGAAAUGUCGCCCAGAAUGAGAGUGUUAGGAGGUCCUGGAACACCACAGACUCCUCCUUCAGCAAGUCCCGGAUCGUUGGCUUUGAAUAACCUGACUACGUCGCAUUCGCAACCUAUUUAUGUGCCUGGAAAAUACUCGCCCUCAAGUUGUCUCACAGAGAAAGAAGAGGACGAAAUAUAUGGGUUCGGUUACGGCGUGUUUGGUAAACAAAUGCUGCAGCGGCAACAGCAACAGAAACAGUUAUUGUUGGCGCAGCCCACACAACCUCUGAUGCACAACCAACAACAUAAUUAUCAAAGUUGCCUCAGCCCACGUUCUGCGUAUUUCUACGAAUUUCCGCCAAGCGAUAACUGUCUCGGCACAGCCAAGAAGAAGGUGACAACGUUCUCAAGGUUACUACGAGGUUUGAAGUCCCAUAGGAAAGAGAAGCAUGGCUCCUGUUCGCCGAAGCACACGCAUAGUCCAAGACAGACAUUACCUCCGCAAAGAGUGGAUACACCGGACAGCGUGCUACAAAGUGGCCUCGGUCUAGGGCCUGGCCCCGACACGGCUCUCAGGUCGAUGGUUGACCCCAGAGACUAUGACCGCCUCCGCUUCUUUCAAAUGAGUGCCGCCCAACCAAACACCUUCGAGGAAACUAUACAUAGGUUAAAAGUUCAAGAAGCAAUGAAGAAAAAAGAUAAGUUAGCCAGAGAACAAGAAGAAAUUUUGAGAGACAUAAGACAUGGUCUAAUGAAUAUGGGCAGAGAUGGUGUUCGAGGUCCCUUUGGAGACGAUACAUAUAUGUACGACGACGAAGCGAGAGGCCUCUCAGGAAGAGGGCACUGGUACGACGAACCGCCGUACGAGAGUGACCCUGAAGAUUUUUUGAUGGGCGGAGGGGCACCAGCUGCGACAUUUCAAAAUGGUCGAGUUUGCUUCACGCUCAAUCUUAGAAAUGAGCCGAGAGGUGAAGGUGUGAUAUCACUACGAAGUGCCGGCGAUAUUAGUUUAGCAAGGACCCCUAGAAGGGGAUUAAUUAUUCCGCAAAGUGGUCCCUAUCCGACCACCGUUAUCCCCCUGCGAACAGCGAGAGAUCGCGAAAGUGGGGAUUACGCCGCGUCAGACAUCCAAUCUAUUGGAUCAAGAUUAUCUGGAAUCUCUUUAGAAUCCAACCGGUCGGAACGGGACUCAUGCAGGGGAUACAGGCAAAUGUCCGGAUAUCGGAUAGGUGCAGAUCCUUUAUCACCCGCUUCGUCAGAUUAUGAAGAUCAAGAGAGUGAAACAGAUUCACAGCACAUAGCCACCGUUCACAAGUCAGCUGAAGAAUGUGAAGGAGUCUCGAAUCUUGCAGGAAAAGUUCGAGGGCUUAGACAAGACGUCCAAAGAAAAAUAUCAAGAUUAAGACAAGAGAGGGGCCCUGAAGGCAGCGAUAGGCGGACGAGUGGCGAUCAAGCGUUUCCAUGUUCUAAUAGUUCUUUCGAAAGUCUUCCCAGCGGAUCAGGCAGUAGCACACAAGCAUUGGUUCGCGCCGGUAGUAAUCACUCAUCUCUCUCGGCAGAAGAAAACAUAGAAUUAAGUCCAGCCGGGCGGAGUUUACUCGUGCCGCAAAUGCUGUGUCGAGCUCGAGCGCUUGUCGAUUACGUACCCAAUAUUUAUGAGAAAGAUGCCCUGAGAUACAAGAAAGGAGACAUCAUCGAAGUGAUAAACAUGAAUGCUUCUGGUAUAUGGCGUGGUGUAAUAAAUAAUAAAGUUGGGAAUUUUAAGUUUGGCAAUGUUGAAGUUUUAUCUGAAAGGGAUACUGUACGGUCCAGAGCAUCUAAGUGGUGUAAGAGUCGCGAAAGACUUUGGGAAACACGGCCACGUACAGUAGAAGAAUUAUUAAGGAGGAUAGAUUUGCCGGAGUAUGCAGUAGCAUUUGCUAGAAAUGGAUACGAAGACAUAGAGUUAUUCAAAGAGAUUGAACCUUCAGAUUUAGACUACUUGGGCAUUAUGACUCCUGAACAUCGCACACGUAUCCUUGCUGCAGUUCAACUUUUACACCAGCUUGAAUGUGGCGAAGCUGAAGCAGAGGUUGAUGGAGGCGGAUCAAGCUCCGAAGGCGGUGAUUCUCCCUUUGGGCGUCGUCAAUUUCCACGAGACUCGGGGUGUUACGAAGCAAGUGUCGCCGUUGGUGGUGUUCGAGUCCGUACUUCUCCCCUAGUUCACAGAGCAGACGAACCUACGCACAGGCCACCUGAACCGGCCCCACAAGCAAAACGAUCCAUACGUCGGCGGCAGCCAGAUGAUGCGGAAUGUGAUAGAAUCGAACGCUACCCAGGCCCAGGUACAGAACGAACCACUGUUCGUAGUGUCGGCCUUCCUGGUGGUGCAAGAGAUGAUACUUGUGAAUCUGAUCAUCGGCUUAAUGUAGUUAAGUUUGUCGCGGGUGGUGAACCUUGUGCAUCUGAAAAGAGUAGUGACUCCGGGGUGAGUAGUUCAUCAUUAAGUUCUGCGCAUCCCCACCGUCCCUGA